CCGGACGGCGUCGGAGGCGGCGUCUGCAGCUCUCUCCUGGGUCAUGUCGCAGCGUCGGGCGGACGGCGGCUGGGACUCGGAGACGGCCAAGGCUGUGAUCGCCGUCUCCCUGGCCAACUCCAGCGCCCUCACCGGAGUCGAGCGCCAGCUCACGCUCAAGCAGCUCCAGAUCCACUUCCUGGUGGACAUGUGGGGGCGUAAGGACUACCCUCUGACAACGGGCCGGAUCGCCGAGUACGUGCUGGCCUUCUCGAGCCUAUGCCUCGAUGUGCGCAACUUCCACGGCCGAGACCUAACAGCAUAG